GAUUUCGCGCGAAAACCGUCCAAGCCUUGUUUAGAUGUAGAUCAGCUGGGACAAUAACAACAAUAACAGCCGAUAACGGGGUCGGGACGGCGUUUUUAUACGCGGACCACUCCCGAUGUGAACAACCAAAGGACCAGGAGCCUCUCAUUUAAAGGAUGCGUGUGUAUUUCACCGCUUUAUUUCCUUUUAUUUCCAGUUUUGUCGGACUGCUUCCUGCGUGCCCCAACAAAACGAGGGGGUUGAAGAACUGCGGCUAAUAACUUAGCUAGCAUGCUAAUCUGCUAUAUAUUUUCAUAUUAAACGAUUUCCGUGUAUACUCCGCUGACCUAAGUGUCGCUUUCAUACGUGUAGUCUCAAAGAUGCUUGUCAGUUAUGAAGAUGCCUCUUGAAUAGUGGAUAUUUUAUUUCGAUAGCUUACUUCUGGAAAGCUGCUAUAAAGUUUUAAUAGCCUUUUAACUACGCCCCAUCUCAGGCGUAAGGGUAAAUAAUACAGUUUUAUAGCCGCAAAUAGCUAGUUCAGCGGCUGCACCGGGUUGUUUGUGAACUUGUGUCAGUCUGUGUUGUUAGGACAGAAGCUAGCUCGUUAGCAGGGUCGGUAGCUGUGUUGAGGGCAGUGUGGCCAGGCCUCGCGGCUCUACUGUACUGACAGGAGAGAUGAAAACAAAAGAUUAGCUCGCUCUUGUGCUAGCUCGCUAACCUAAAACGUUUAUUACUGCCACGGUCAAUGUAUGACUUUCUUUGAUAACAUAUCAGCGACUGAGCCUCAAGGCGCCGAGUUGGUAUGCAUUUAGCAAUAUUAUUUUAUUUGCCAAAUUUCCUGUUUGGCAGAACAUCCUGUCUUGCCGUUUCACUAUAAAUCUAAAAUUGGUUUAGCGCGUCGUUUGCAAUAGUUAUCUGUUAAAGUUAUAUUGUCAGUUAAAAUAUGUGUAUUUACUUGAUUAUAUAUGAAAAGAAAGAUAACAGAGAAAGAGAGACGUUGUAUGGAGAUGUUAGAGCUGCCUGUGAACACCUGCAAGAAAACUUUCAGGAGGUUUCACCAUUGUUCCGUAAAUUCACUGAGUACAGCAAAUGCAAGUAGGCGUUGAUCCUCUGUCUGACCGCAGCAUCUUAGUUUGUGACCCCACCCCCCCAAAACCCCCAAAGUCGAGGAAAGGGAUACUCAGUGACACACUGCAAUGUCAGAGACUCUGAUAACGGGGCAGACAUCGGAGGAUCUGUUGGCCGACUUUGAGACUCUGCUGAACUCUGGGAGUAUUGACCUGGGCGAGGACCACCAGAUAGUGAUCAUCACCAGCCCCAGCAAUGAGGGACUCCACCCAGCUGCCGCCCCCACCAGCACUGGGGAAAUCCUGCUUUUUGCCACACCUCAGGGCCCUGCUGACGUGGGGCUCCAGGACAAGAGACGACCAGCUCUGGGAAGACCCCCGGUAAAAAGAAAGUUAGACCUGGAUAGCGAUCAUCAGUAUGUCAGCACCACCCGACCGUCCAUAGGCCAAGCACCACCCUCCACACCUGCCCCUCCCAGAGUUCCUCGAAACACAGCGGAGAAGUCACGUUAUGACACCUCCUUGAACCUGACCACCAAACGCUUCCUGAACCUGUUGUCGCAGUCAGCUGACGGUGUGGUGGAUCUGAACUGGGCCUCACAGGUCCUGGAUGUCCAGAAGAGACGGAUCUACGACAUAACCAACGUCCUGGAGGGAAUCCAGCUCAUCUCCAAGAAGUCCAAGAACAACAUCCAAUGGCUCGGUAAUCGACUUGACGCAGCAUUGGUUUCCCGCCAUAAGGAGUUGCAGGGGGAGGUGUGUGAUCUAACAGAGGCUGAGGAGCAGCUGGACGAGCUCAUCUCCAAAUGCAACCUGCAGCUUCGACUGCUCACAGAGGACCCGCAGAACAAGAAGUUUGGGUAUGUGCGCUGCCAGGACUUGAAGAAGUCAUUUGACUCCCCGGACCAGCUGGUGAUGGUGAUCAGAGCUCCACCAGAGACCCAGAUGCAAGUUUCAGAACCCAGCGAGGGUUACCAGGUGUCACUGAAGAGCACGCGGGGUCCAAUCGAUGUCUUCCUCUGUCCAGAGGACAGCUCCGGCAUCUGUAGCCCCGUGACAGGAAGUAGUCCCUCAAGACCUAAUCCUGACCCAUCCCUGGUCCCGCCUCCCACGCAACCCACAGACCAAUCACAAGCCAAAACCUCCACAACUGCCCUAGAAGUGGGUUUAUCCUCCCCAGCAUCGACAUCGUCCACAGUGACAGCAGCCUCCCAGCAGGAGCCCUCAUCACUGGUGUUAGGUGGUGACACAGAGUCGCUCCUUGGAGGUGAUCCGUUCUCCAGCCUCGGAGACAUGCCCGACUUUGACUUCUCACCCCUUUCCUCCUCUGACUUCCUGAACGGAGAGGGCCUCCCUCUCCCAUUGGACGGUUUCAUUAACCUGUCUCCCCCUCAUAGUCAUGACUACCACUUCGGACUGGAGGACCAUGAAGGCAUCAGUGAACUGUUUGAUUGUGACUUUGGUGACCUAUCACAAGUUUUGGGGGACACUUAGAUGAAAAGGGAGGUGAGGAGUAACGAAGGAAAAUCAUUAUAUUUAGUACUUUCCCUCUAUCCCCUGUGGAUUCUAAAGGAGGACUGGAAAACAACAUUUUAUGGACAACUGUUUGUUUAAAAAAAAGAAAAAAACACAGUUAAUGUUUAAAAUUGUGGGGUGAAGGAAAAUGAUUUGUAUAGUAAUUGUUUAUUAUCCCUAAAAUACCACCCCAGCUACAAGAUCUUCCCCAGAUUCGUGCCCCAAAUUGUACAGCACAUUAUGAGCACUUCUCUUUGGCCAUUUAAACAUUUUAGACCAAGACUUUAGCUUUAGUAUAGCUAUUUAAAUUAUUUAUAUGAAUGUUAUUUUGAUAUUUUGUAUCAAGUGAGGUUUUUGCUGUUAUUGAUAAUGUUUUAUCUAAGAGGAUUGUGCAGGUGUUUGUGUGUAGAGAAUGGACUCAUUGGGCUGGUUUCCUUAACACUGGUUAGUGUGCAUGCUACAACUUAUAAGGCUGGUUUCUUAGACCGCUCAUCCUGAAGUGUUUUCUCCAACAGGGGAAAAGUUUGUGUCCCACACCUUUAAGCUCGAGCUAUUGUAAUAGUAGUACAGAUUCAUGGCAGGGCUUUCUGAAAGCAUCUUGGAGGUAUGGUGUAGUUUCACGCUCGCUCUCUUUUUUUUUCUUUUUUUUUUUUGAUUGUAAGCUCAAAACAAAUAUAAAAGGCUUACCCCUAAAAAUAAUUAGUGUCUAAAACACUGGAAACCUGAAAAACUGGAUCCUCUGAUUUCCCUGUUGGUGACAGUGACAUCCCAGGCAGAGACUAGAUUUGCACAUUUCCCACGGUCUCCCACAGAAGAUUAACAACAGUUUGUAAUAAACAGUUUCAGUUAAUUUGAACUCUGUUUCCUUGAGGUGAACACAAACUAAGAACUAAGAUGCUUUUGGGGAACUGGACUUCAUCUUUCUUUAAAUAAAUGAUAACAUAAAGGGUUA